GGGGCGACGUGGGUCAGCUGACCGCAGACGGGGUUGUUGUGGAUGGUCCGCGCCGCUGAGCAGGGAGAGACGCGCAGGAGCCCGUCGCCGUCGAGAUGCCCUCGGAGAAGAGCUUCAAGCAGCGGCGCACCUUCGAACAAAGAGUAGAAGAUGUCAGACUUAUUCGAGAGCAGCAUCCAACGAAGAUCCCGGUAAUUAUUGAAAGGUAUAAAGGAGAAAAGCAACUUCCUGUACUGGAUAAAACUAAGUUUCUGGUCCCAGAUCAUGUCAACAUGAGUGAGCUGAUCAAGAUUAUCAGGCGCCGCCUGCAGCUGAAUUCCAAUCAAGCUUUCUUCUUACUGGUGAAUGGACACAGCAUGGUGAGCGUUUCUGCACCCAUUUCGCAGGUGUAUGAGAGCGAAAAGGACGAGGAUGGAUUCCUGUACAUGGUCUAUGCCUCUCAGGAAACAUUCGGCAUGAAAUCCUCCGUGUAAACCAUACCCAGCGGCUUGUAGCCUAGGAUAGUUUUUACCCCUCCCUCCCACAGGAAAAAGAAAGGGAUGUCACUGACCUGCUUCACAGUAGCUGUGCUUAGCGGGUUUUCUCAUCGUACUUUUGUUUUGUUUGUGAAUAUUGAACAGAUGAGUGCCAGUAUGGACAAGCGGCCCAGCUUCGUAGACCUGCUAAAAAUUUGCACAGGCACAUUUGCUUUUAAAAAGCCUCUGGAAUUUGACUGAAACCAUACCAUGUGUGUUAAGCUGCCAAUAAAAGGGAUGUUUGCAUUAUUCCAUGUGUAGGGACUGGGCUAAAUGUUAAGUAGCAAACUGAAAUAUGUGUGUAUGUGUGACAUCUCCUUCUGUUAAGCCUGCUUCAGUCCCUGAAAACUGCUUUUUUUUCCAGAAAGGGAACAAAUAGGAGUAAAAGUCCACUUGCUUUAAACUCCUUGGUGUUUUGAUAAGCCAAUGCAUGUGGUGGGGAGGGGCAGUGAUUAAUUCCCUGGUACUGCUACUUCAGGAGAUAAAAAACAUCAGAUUGCUAAUUGUGAUUAUAUACCAAACACCACAGCUUUACUCUAGUUUUAGAAAACGUGUACUUUAAAACUAGGUUAUAUACUUAACAGUUAUAUAAGAAACUUCUGCUUAACAAGAAUUUGUUGCAAUUUGUCAUACACCUCUUUAAGAUGUUAUAUCUUCCCCACACCCUGUUAAAAGGUUUGCUUGUGACCUUUGGAUGUCAUUGAUCCCGUUUGAAGAAAUGAACUUGAGAGCAGUUUUGAGGAUAACCAGUUGGAAAAGUUAUACAAUAUGUACUGGCAUGCCUCAUGACCACUGUUUCUUUAUAUUUAACGUAUUAAUCUUUCUACCUGCUAAGUUCUUGAUCAUUGUUGGAAUAGAUGGCGUAAAGAACGAUUUUGCAUUGUGUCCUUACUGAAAGCCCUGGUUUCCUUCAGUGUGAGUUCCAACCUCAAGGAAUUUCCCCUUUUGCUUUAGACUGGGUAAUGUCUAAAGUUACAAAGAGCAGAUGAAGAUUCUGUAAUUGAAGCUUCCUGACAAUUGCAUGGGAACUAAACCUUAAUUUUGCUGUAAACAGGGUAUGUCCUAUGCAGAAAGAAUACUUCAGAUAUGUGUCCUGCUUCCCCAGUGAAAUGUAGUAAACUUAUCCUUGUAUAUUAAUGUGUGUGAAUUUAAUUGUUAUAGCAAGCUAAUUUCCAUUAAAGGGAAGAAAAGAGCGAUGCUAAAUUUUGACAUGCUGCAGGAUAUUAAUCCUACGCAGUUUGUACCAUUGCAUGCAUGUGUCCGGUGCUUGCAUCUAACUUUUAAAAUGUCCACUGUGAGCUUUCACUCUACUGUAAAAUUUUAAUACAUUUUCUGUUCAGUUUAAGAUCUUCAUGAUAGACAGCCGUCCUUAUAAUUGAUGAAUGACUGCUUCCUGUACAAAUGUGUGUUGUUUUUUAAAAGCGUGGAUAUGGAUGAUUCCACCUCAAAUUGAUUAGAAGUUGUGGCCGUUUACAAAGCCCAUUUUAAAAAUGGUCCUAGUGUGGUGUGUGAAGAGCAGCAGACACAACUGAACAAAAGCCUGUGGCUCAGAUGCUCUUACUGUUGCAGAAGGGAAAGAUGCCAGAAUUAGGAGCGUCUGUGGCCUUAAAAAUGUACAGUUGUACUCCGGAAGUUGCCAUGGCAUUGUCUUCCUGAGCUAUGGAAAAUAACCGUGCCCACUUCUGAAGCCGGGGCAAGACGCCAGAUUCCCAAGGGGACACAGCAAAAGGCGUGGUGGUAGCAUAGCACUAGAGGAAGCUCUUGCCAGAAGAAGUUGAUUGGAUUAUUUUCCAGGCUGUAGUGUGGCUGUUCUGAAUCCUGCAGCUCCACUAUGUAAAUGGACAACUUGCAGAAAACAAGCUGUUGGACAGCUCUGCAGUUCCUGCCAAGGCCACCACUUGAAAUAAUGCAUGUUUGUUAGCCUUUGGUUGAACCUACUGAGCUCGCUGUAAGCUUGAUUAUUUUCUUUAGCCUCCAACUGAAAA